AAGCAAACAGGACAAGAGAAGCCACAACUUUUAGGGUCACCCCUAACACACAAAGACAGGUGAAGUGAAACCGAGACAGCAACUCUGAGAGACAGAGACUAAUGGCAUUAAAGUCGUUCAAUGUCCCCACCAUCGACAUGGGCGUACUUCGUACCCGCUCCCCUUUGGCUGCCGUCGGCUUUGGCUGCGCUUCCAUCGCUGGUUCCACCCUGUGCCGUUCUUCUUCCAGAGCGCAAACCAGUCCCUUUGCUUGCUUAUCAACAUCAGCUAUUCCCAGUAAAAGUUUGAAGGAGGCUGUUGUGACUAACAGGGCACCGGCAGCUUUGGGACCUUAUUCUCAGGCUAUCAAAGCCAAUAACCUUGUUUUUGUCUCUGGUGUUCUUGGUCUUAUACCUGAGACUGGGAAAUUUGUCUCAGAGAGUGUAGAGGAGCAAACUGAGCAGGUUCUAAAAAAUAUGGGAGAAAUACUGAAAGCUAGUGGUGCUGACUAUUCUUCUGUGGUCAAGACUACUAUUAUGUUGGCUGACUUGAAGGACUUCAAGAAAGUAAAUGAGAUCUAUGCUAAAUACUUUCCAGCGCCUGCACCGGCUCGUUCAACAUAUCAAGUAGCGGCACUCCCCUUGGAUGCCAGGAUUGAAAUUGAGUGCAUUGCUGCCCUUCCAAACUCCUAAUUAGAGUGAACUUAUGAGCGACCAACAGCUCUAGCUUAGAAAUAUUUCCCCAGUUCCCAUUUUAGUUCAAGCAGUAAACUAAUAGGCUGUAGUUCAACUCUAAUCUAUUCUUGCUGCCUUCAAGGCCUGUUCUGGAUUUGGAAAUUUGUCCUGCUGCCAGUCAGCGUGGCCCAGGACCAAAAUCCUGCCCCGAUAACUGUACUGCAUCAUGUGAACAUAGACUUGUCAAGGGACAGGCCAUGCUGGACGCUUUGGGGUAAGGCAUGUGUGUUGGUCUUUUAAAAAUAAUAAAAAUUAAUUAAAAAUUAAAAAAAUAUAUUAAUUAAA